AUGCCCGGCCCCGCGCGCCCGCCGCGGCUGCCCACCCCCGCUCAUCGCCGCGCCUCGCCGCCCGCGCGCCCCGCUGCCGCCGCGCGCGCGCUCGCCCACGCGCCAGCCACGUGCUCGCCGCAACCGUCGCCGUUCGCCCUGCGCACCCGCCGUGCCGGCCCUCCCCCUCUCGUCGCCGCGUCUCGCCGGCCGCGCGCCCCCGCAUGCCGCUGCGCGCGCUCGCCCAUGCGCCGGCUACGUGCCCGCAGCAGCCGUCGCCGCGCGCCCGCCCACGUCCGCCGGCAGCUGCUACGCCCGCGCCCGCUGCUCAAUAGGCCGCUCGCGCGCCGCUUCUCGCCACCCUGCCGCAGCCCUGCGUGCUCGCCGUCUGCCAGUCACGGCUGGCGUGGUCGGGAGGCUGGCGCUGGUUGGCCCGCCGGCGGGGAGGCAGGGAGGCCGUGCCCAUGCCCUGCUCCGGCGGCCGUCGACGCGGUGUGCAAGGAAUAG